AAACCUACUAUGAAUAGCUAAACCUAGGUUUGCCGAUUUCCUCCUCUUGCCCCUCCCGACCUCUCUGUCGACACCUCUUCCUCUUCUCUUCAUCGCCCCCGACCCGGCGCCACAGGCUCUCCUCCGGCCACGAGCGAAGUCGCUGAUCUCCUUGCGCGCCGUCGCCCCCUUCGACUUUGUUGAGCCAGGACGAUCGAUCAACAUCGACCGUUACUAUUCGAUCGAUCCACGGCUGAGCUACUCGUGCCACUGCCAGUCGUGGCCCCGACCAUGUGUCACCACCGGAGCGCCUUCUUCCUUAUCUGAGGCCAUCAUCCAUUCCAUCGCCGGCAACUCCUUCCUAUUCCGUCCAUCCACAAUGCACCUCAUCAGAGAGCUCCGGGAUUUCACAGCUUCUCCUACAUCCCCUUCAUGAGUGUUCGAUCUCUUUUGGAACUGAAGCAAUUCCUGCCGCCGGGCGAGCAGAUCACCAACCCUUUCUGCUCAACGCCAUCACCUCCAGCCUUGGUGGCACUGCCGGCCAGCUGUAGCUUUAACUGCUGGAAAUUUGAUUCUGAUUUGGGACGAACAUUUCGACGUGGGAGGUAUUUGAUACGAGCUACUUACAAGUUAUCUUCCACUCACUUUCCGUGCCUUCCCUCAACCCGAAACCCUGAUGCCCAUCACUCUUCCUCCACCAACAUUGGAAGUCCUCUCCCUCUCUCACUGCGCUCAUCCGUCCACCCACCUCCGAUGACAUCAUCCAUCAUUCCAUCUUCGAUUCAAGAAAAGGCGAUGAGCGCAUGUCAAGAGGCUAGUUAAUCGGAAAAAAAAAUUGACAUCCUUGAAAACUUGGCUGGCAAGUGGAAGCAAACUCUCUCUCUAUGUGAUUAUGCUUGAUGGCCAGUGCUAAAUCAACCUCGGACAACCUUCAGCCUGCUAAACCAAGGAUCCUUUUAGCUGUUUCUGGAAGUGUUGCUGCUAUUAAAUUUGAGAUUUUAUGUCGGAAAUUUUUGGAGUGGGCAGAAAUAAGGGCGGUCGCAACUCAAUCAUCGUUGCACUUUAUUGACAGAAGAUCACUACCUAGCGAUGUGCUUUUUUACACAGAUGAUGACGAAUGGUCUACUUGGAAGAAGAUUGGAGAUGAUGUGUUGCACAUUGAGCUUAGGAAAUGGGCGGAUAUCAUGGUGAUUGCACCAUUGUCAGCAAAUACGCUUGCUAAGAUUGCUGGAGGAUUGUGCGACAACCUACUAACAUGCAUUGUGCGAGCCUGGGAUUACCGCAAGCCGAUAUAUGUGGCUCCUGCUAUGAACACCUUCAUGUGGAAUAAUGCUUUCACAAAGCGUCAUCUGGAUGUAAUUAAAGAACUUGGCUUCCAUCUCAUCCCUCCCAUUGCCAAGACGCUGGCCUGUGGAGAUCAUGGAAACGGUGCCAUGGCUGAACCUCAUGUUAUAUAUAAUACCAUUAGACUUUCAUUCAAGCCAUCAGCUAGUUAAUUAUUAAUCAAGCCGCCAACUUAUCGGCAAACUCCGUAAGUGGUUCAGUUUGUAAACGUAACUUGGGUCCAGCUAGUUUGAUUUAUCAGGUCUUAGAUCAUCACUGUUUCUCCUCUCAGGAGAAUUAAGCCUUGGUCUUAAUGGUUGUCUGAACCGUUUUGUGAAGGAAGUUUCCAUUAUUUA